CAAAGUGAGCUGAACUCCUUCCUGUGGACUAUAAAGAGAGACCCGCCAUCUUACUUUUUUGGUACCAUUCAUGUCCCGUAUACUCGGGUCUGGGAUUUUAUUCCUGAGAAUUCGAAGGAAGCUUUUCAACAGAGCCAUAUUGUCUACUUUGAGCUGGACCUCACAGAUCCCUACACCAUCUCUGCUUUAACCAGCUGCCAGCUCCUGCCACAGGGCAAGAAUCUUCAGGAUGUGCUCCCCAGGGACAUCUACCGACGGCUCAAGCGUCACUUGGAAUAUGUCAAACUCAUGAUGUCUUCAUGGAUGACUCCGGAUCAGCGUGGCAAAGGGCUGUAUGCUGACUAUCUUUUCAAUGCUAUUGCGGGCAACUGGGAGAGAAAAAGACCAGUGUGGGUCAUGCUUAUGGUGAACUCUCUGACUGAAGUAGACAUAAAAUCACGUGGUGUGCCUGUCUUGGAUCUCUACCUCGCCCAGGAAGCUGAACGGCUCCGUAAGCAGACUGGGGCAGUGGAAAAAGUAGAGGAACAGUGUCAUCCACUGAAUGGUCUGAAUUUCUCUCAGGUGAUCUUUGCACUGAAUCAAACUCUUUUGCAGCAAGAGAAUCUUCGAGCAGGCAGCUUACAGAUCCCAUGUACAACAGAGGACCUGAUCAAGCAUUACAACUGUGGAGACCUCAAUUCCAUCAUCUUCAAUCAUGACACUUCCCAAGUCCCCAACUUCAUCAAUGCCACUCUGCCACCUCACGAACGCAUCACAGCUCAAGAGAUUGAUAGCUACUUCACCCGGGAGCUUAUCUAUAAACGAAAUGAGCGGAUGGGGAAGAGAGUGAAAGAUCUGUUGGAAGAGUAUCCCGAUAAAAGUUUCUUCUUUGCAUUUGGAGCUGGUCAUUUCAUGGGUAACAAUACAGUGAUAGAUGUUUUAAAGAGAGAAGGAUAUGAAGUAGACCAUACUUCUGCUGGAGAAGUCAUCAACAGUGGGAAGAACCAGAAGACGGUGUCUGCCCUCACUUCAUCUUCCCCUGAAUACCCCUCUUACAUCAUCUCUCAGGAGCAACACCCUCCCCAACAGAAAGAGGAGGAGGAAGAGGAGGAGGAGGAGCUGUUGCCCCACUUGUUGCUGCCAGAAAGCAUUGACCUGUUGGAGAAAGUAGACCGAAAAUAUAAAAAGAAGAAAAAGAAGCAACAGAAGAAACAGCGGCUGCGUCAGUUCAAUGACCUCUGGGUACGCAUCGAGGAAAGCACCACUGAUCCACCACCUCGCAUUCGAAUAAUUAACGGCUACAUCACCGUAGAACCCCAGCCACGUGGGCGUGGACGAUCUAGUCACAUCCCGGCAAAUGCAAACUGCUCCAGUGCGCUGCUCCCAUUCCUUUCUACCUUGGCAUUGACUUUGGUGUUGUCUACAGUGACGAUUCUGCUGCUGGUGUGAAUCUCUCACAAAGAACUGCAUAAUUCCCCCCAUUUUAAAAAAUGGAUCUGGUGUGGAAAUGAAGAGGGUGGGUGGAAGAAAGACUUUUUUGAGUGAGAGAUCAUCUGUGUGGUGCUUGGGUUUUUUUUUUAAAGAGGCCUCAUCCUUUUCCUGAAUCUGGACCAUUAAUGUGAUUAACUGGCUUGCCCAAUACAGGAGAAGAUAUUUUUAAUGAAAGCCAUUAUUUAUCCUUCUCUUGCAGAAGAAUUAUUUCAUGUUAUCCCAUAAUGAUUUUGGGAGAUGUAUAUGUAACA